UUCGUCUCUAGAUUAGAUUCAUUCACAUUCUCUAUAUAUAUCCCUGUCUCUCACGACCUCAUUCUUGGCUACCAAUAUUUGCUCGUAACUGCCACACACACGCCUCCUUGCCUUGACGUGUCCAUGGUUGAGAAGAAGCUGACCGCGGCCAUGGAGAAAGGGAGGAGGCCGGGGCUGAUCACGAAGACGCUGGACCGGUGCCGGAGCGCGCGGAGGAGCAAGCCGCAGCCGGCGCCGGCGGUGGGCUGCUUCACGGUGUGCGUCGGCGCGGGGCGGCAGCGGUUCGUGGUCCGCACGGAGUGCGUCAACCACCGCCUGUUCCGGGCGCUGCUGGAGGAGGCCGAGGAGGCAUUCGGGUACGCGGCCGCCGGCCCGCUCGCGCUGCCCUGCGACGCCGACGCCUUCGUGCGGGUGCUGGAGCAGAUCGAGGAGGAGGCCGCCGCCGGCGAGGUGGUGCCGAGGUGUGGCCUCGCCAGGGGCCACUCCGCGUACAGGCUGCUCGCCGCCGGCCGGCCGCUCCUCGUCGGCCGGUCCUAGCCUUGGGCGGCCACGGCGACUGGUGCUCCGGUCUUCCCGGGUCUCGUGUCGACGUGUCUUGUGUACUGAGUACUGAUGAUAUCAUAGUGCGCAAAUAGCAAAUCAUGUAGAUGCCGACCACCCAUCAAAAGUGGUUCGUGCGUCGUAAUAGUUGAUGGUGUUGAUGAGUUCUUGAGCUCGAGUUUUUGUUCUUAUUGUGAGCCGGACAAGAAAUGGUCAUGUGCUUCAUCAAUCUAGAUGUGUUGAUGCCAUGAUGUUUGUUGCCCUCACCUCACAUGAUGUAAUGGCAGUAUUCCCUUUUUCUUUAGGAAUCAAGAAUAUAUAGAACUUAAA